GUCCCGUCUUCAGCCAUUUUGGUUUCGAAUAAAUGAAGCCUAUUACAAUAAGAUAGAUGACAUGAGCCCAAAUGGCGCCCAUUCAAACACAGUCAAAACCUCAGCGCAUUUUUUAAGAUAGCGCGUGUUGCAACUGUGCCUGCGCACAUGCUAUGCGAUUGGUGCAGUGCACGAGCAAUUGAGAGGAAGUGGUGGGUGAUCUGGGUCCGCACCUUUUCCGGUCGUUCAGAACUGCUGUAGCGACGGAAAAGAGAGAGUGUGAGAGGAAGUGAAAGGAGGCGAGAGCCGCGAGGAGCAGUCUGGGGAGCGGUGACUGCUGCAAAUGCAGGGAGAAGAGGAGAGGAAGCUCUCAAAUGAAUCAAUGACCUUUGGAGUUACUGCGGCCAUUCCGUUUCCGAUACAAGUGUGUACGAUUUGUUUUCGGUAGUAUCAAGGAGCCCCGGAACAUCGCGUUGCUUGCCCAGCAUUUAGCUUCUGAUUUUCUAACAAGGGCGAGUGCUUUCGACAGAAGAGGAAGUCGGAACUAUCUUAGGCUUUUGCUGGGGCCUGUCUAUCUUUGAAGCCUUGUCAGUUUCGGACAGAUCGUAUUUUCUGUUUUUCCACUGCAUCCAAAUCCAAUGAAGCAGCGCAGAGUUACAACACGGAUUGUGAUUGACCCACCGCGAAUUUCUGAAGCUCAAAAAUAUUCAAGUAGCUAAUUAACUAGCUCGAUAUCUUGGUAAUGUGGAUACAAGCGAACUGUAUGAGGGUUUGAGAGAAGUUCCCUCCCACAUCACCACUAGUAGUUACUGGAUUACUUUUCUUACACAAAUCGACUAAACUAUAUUCUUAUUGCUGCAGCGGAAUACUUGCCAUUUGUAAAUUCGCUGUGAAUUGUCGAUUGAUUGACGUUUUGAAACCAACUAAUUGAAGAAGUUUAGAACUAGAAAUUAGAAAGCUAUAUUGUUUUUAACAGUUCAUCGUUACUAAGACGUAUCUCCAAUGGCUUAGUUUGGUUCUCACCUUUCACCUUUUGUUCAGUGGAUGUUACUGUUUGUUUUUCUAUAGUUCCAACGUUACUUGCUACACACUUUGCUCGCUUUUGCUGUUGAGCACGGAAAAGGACACAGACAGUUCCAGGCUGCACUGAACGGAUUCGCAUUUGGAGCCACGUGAAGAACAAACACAUUUUUUUCUCUAAAAGUGGAUAUUUAUGCACAGUUUACACAAUGGGGAAAAUGCUGUCAAAAAUCUUUGGCAACAAGGAGAUGAGAAUAUUGAUGCUUGGACUUGAUGCAGCGGGGAAGACCACUAUUCUUUACAAACUGAAACUGGGACAAUCAGUCACCACCAUCCCCACCGUCGGGUUCAACGUGGAGACUGUGACAUACAAAAACGUGAAAUUCAACGUGUGGGAUGUCGGGGGGCAAGAUAAGAUACGACCCUUGUGGCGACACUAUUACACGGGUACGCAGGGGUUAAUUUUCGUGGUGGAUUGCGCGGAUAGAGAUCGGAUAGACGAGGCUAGGCAAGAGCUGCACCGCAUCAUUAAUGACCGGGAGAUGCGGGAAGCCAUUAUCCUGAUUUUUGCCAAUAAGCAAGACCUGCCUGAUGCCAUGAAGCCACACGAAAUCCAGGAGAAACUGGGUUUGACCCGGAUCAGAGAUAGGAAUUGGUACGUGCAGCCAUCCUGCGCGACCACAGGUGAUGGACUGUACGAAGGCCUUACUUGGCUAACUUCGAAUUACAAAUCAUAAUGCUCAAGAAUGACUGUUUAGAUAAAGCAAAAACAAUAGAGGCAAUUAACAAAUAACAUGGCUUCUCAGAAGAAUAUAUAAUUAAGAGAAGUUUGAUUAUUUCCCGAUUUUUAUGAAUAUUAUUACCCCUUAUAACGAUUUCUUUUCUUAAAACAAAAAGACUGAAUUGUUGGCUGGCUUUUUAGUUUGCUUUUUUCUCUAUACUUGCUCUGUCACUAUUGUCAUAAUUUCUCUGACAAGGUAUUCCAUAAAUUGUCUUACAUUUUUAACUACAGAGAUUAGUGCAGAUUCUCCUUUUCUGUAAUAUUUAUCAGGGGCUUGGGUGCUCAUCAUAUUUUAGUUCACCUUUGGGGUUCUGAUUAUUGUACAUCUGCUACUUAUUUAGUCACACACAGACCACUGAGAAAGUUUUGAAACCGUACUAAGUCCAAUAUUUAUGGGGGAAAAAGUUACCCUGGAAAUUCAAAGGGCAGAAUCUUAUUUGAAAACUGAGUCCUUAUGUUUUAGAGAUAAUUUUGAAGAUGGACCUGUUACAUCAGUGAAUACAGUAUUACUGUAGGUUGUACCAAGUUGACAUGUUACAAUAAAGACUCAAGACUUUGAUACAAUUUAUUGAAAUCUUGCCAGCCAUAUUAACCUGGAGUAUUGUUUUGAAGGACCCAUGCCAUCUAGUUAAAUUUAUUUUGUUUAUGUAUUGCCUUUUGAUCAUUGCCUCUUUGCCAGAAGACAUCAUGGUAAGAUUUUUCAUAGGAGUUUCUUCCAUACCAGUCAUUGGUUGAUUUUCCUUAAAGUUCCAUCUUGGUAUCAGGUGCUACAGCACUAACACUGUAUGUAAUUUGUUUUGUGACCAGAGAAGGGCCAAAAGGAUGAAUCUGUUGAUGGUGGCCUCUCUAUGACUGGAGGGUCAUUGAUUGAAAGUUUGACUGGAGCAUUUUCUGGGCAACAUUUUGUCCCAUGAAGUUUAAUGGUGGUCAUAAAGGAAUAGGCUUGAGAAUGUUGAAUUUUCCAACAAAAAAGAGGUUUGACUCAUGUCAUGCAGCCAGGAAUAAAAAUCUUUUCUGUAAUUAAAUUAUAAAUCCAUGCUUUAUUUUUGUUCUAUUUGCUAUGCUGAUUUGAAGAAAUAAACAAA